AUGUCCGUCACUGAAACCCUCAUCGCAAUGGGGUUCCCGGAGGCGGCGGCGAAGGCUGCCGCGGGCAACAACCGAAAUCUCGAUCAGGCGUUGAACUACAUCGAGAACGAUGGAGUUGGAUUUGAGAAUGAAGGAGAGUCGAGCUCCGGAGCGUCGAGCAGCUCCACGAGUGCUGCGGAAGCCGCUUCUCCGGAAAACCGCGCGAUUCCAGCGGUCGCUGCUGGAUUCAAGUGUGAGGAUUGCGGCGCUUUCCUCUCCAACGACGACGAAAUGGUUCGUCAUGCUGGUCAAACAAAGCAUGGCAACUUCAGCCAAUGCGAUCAGCCGGAUAUCGACGACUCACGAGAACCACUCUUCCAAUUGCCACCAAUGACUGAAGAAGAAAAAGUGGCCAAAGCGAAAGAGAUCUGUGACAAGAUUCAGAAGGCUCGAGAUCUCAAGGAUAAGAAAAAAACUGAAGAAGAGAAGCAGGAGUUGAUGGAGCGUCGUGAAGAGAAGACGGCGAUGCUCUCGUUGAGAGAAGAGGCGAGAGAGCGGGAAAUCAAAGAGGCCGCUGCGCAACUACGUCGUCAGAAGGUGGAGGAUGAAGCGGCGAGAGAGAAGAUUCGUGAGCAGAUCCGGUUGGAUCGAGAGGAGCGAAAGGCCAAACUUACGCCGAUGCCUCCGAAGGUGGCGAAAGUGGAAGUGGCGGCGCCGGUGAGGGAUCACUCGUCGACGACUCUUCAGAUUCGUCUGUUGGAUGGAAAAAUGGUUCGCCAGGAGUUCAAGACGAUUGAGCCGCUUGUCAUGGUCCGCGCCUGGAUCGAAACCAACCAACCGGUCGGGAGUUCGUUCUCUCUGAUGACUCCGUUCCCACGCAGGGAGUUCUCUGACGAUGAUAUGGGAACGUCUCUUCUAGAGCUUAAACUCGUCCCAACUGCCAACAUCGUUGUCAUCAACCGUGGAGUGCCAGCAGUCGCUGCUCCAGAAGAGGCUGUCCCAACUGAGCCAACUAACGAGCCGGCUGCCCAAUAG